GGAAGACAAGUCGCGCAAAGCGAGUACCGGCCGCCGCGCGCCGGCGGCAACUCUCUCGUGCGUCGUCACCGUCUUACCAACCGCGGCCUUGUUACACGCCGUCGAACCGACAACCCGCCGAUCGCUAGAACGAGACCACCAUCGGCGACCGCGAACACUUUUGUAUAAUAUUAUCUUGCUUCUAUUAAGUCUUUUUGGUUGUACGAAAUAAAAAGCCACGAGGCUAUUUCGAUCAACCCACUGUAUCGUGUUAACUUAUUUCAUUGUGAGUGUCACUGCCGGCAGAGCCACCCGCCACCCACAACUCCACACCACUCCAACGACCGGCUUGCCGAGGACAACCACACCAUGGCCGCCGUAGCCGCGUCAAAUUGGCUCCCCGCAGAGGAAUCUCCUCAAGUCAGCGAAAAUGUAAGAGUCCAAUAUACCCAGAGUUACAAUGAGGAGAUGUAUUAGUAAAAUGAAUGACCCCCAAAUUGGAGAAUAUUUUAUGUGUAAAAAUUGUAAGAAUUUCAUGUUAUCGAAAGAGACGGCAGAAUCGCAUCGUAACUGUACCAAACAAGUAUUGAACGCAUUUGAACCAGUGGAAGAUAUCUACCGCUGUUCAACAUGCGGUCGAUACUUCGAUAAUAAAGAGCAGUGGAGUGGACACAACAAUGUACACAAAGCUAUCGGAGAUUACGAUCCAUUCAAAUUUUCAUAUAUUAUAGAUGACGAUAAUUUUGUAAGGAGCUUACGUAAUUAAUCUUGUGUUUUAUUAGCUGUAGUAUUUUGCAUUAUUGUUUUUUAAUUAGUUUUAUGAUUUUUUCACCUAAUAAUAG